AUGGCGAUGCGGCUGAGUGGGAGCGUGGGUCGCCAUGACAGCGACUUGGAGCUGCUGGUGCGGGAAGGAGAGGCCGUGUCCACCAGACUCCGCAACCUGCUCACCCACAACCUAGGUCCCCCCCACGCCACGCCCGCCACCACCACCACCACCACACGCAGGGCAGCCUCCAUAGACUCCGCCAGGCACCACUCCCUGGAGCGGGAGUCAGAGGGCGCCGCCGCGGGGUCAUCACGUCUCAGUCGUGGUGACCUGACUGGGGAGGACUCUGGAUCAGCCCGGGAUGACCCCGGUCACCUCCAGCCCAGGGCCCGGUCACUCACUGACGUCUACCGCGCCGACCACCGCCUCUACACCAGCGCCGCGCCUCACAGGGCGGGAGUGACGACCAGCACGCCCAUCAAGCGACCAGUGACCCCCAGGGGCGGGACCAGCAGAGUGCGUCGGGAUCUGUUCCCAGGGGCGUCGCCCUCCACGCCCCUCACCGUCGGCCACCUCACCCACACCCACGACGCCAUGGACGACCCCGAGAUGUACAGACUGGAGGAAGAGACGCGCUACCUGGAGGCGGAGGUGCGGCGUCUGGAAGACAUGCUGACCACCUCACGAGUGGAUCGUGAUACAGCCUCUAUACGUUACAGUGCCCUGUCCGACCAUGUUGCGGACGAGUGGCAAGAGUACCAGAAGAGACUGGAGUAUUUCCAUGAAGUCCACCGCAAGCAGACAACCCUCAUAGACCGGCUAGCAAACAAGGUGCGUGAGUACCGUGGGCGCUGCCGGGAGUUUGAGAACAGAGCUACAGAUGUCACAAGAUUCCGAGAAAACACAGAGCGAGAAAUUGAGACGCUCAACCUUGCUCUCGCCACAGCAGAGGAAAGGUUAAGAGCGUCCGAGGCCCAGCAUACAUUUGACUUGGAAACAGCAUUAGUCAAGCUUGAAGAUGAACAGGGAAGGUGUGAAUCUCUUGGGAAUCAGGUGGUGAGCUUACAAGAGCAGCUUGCUAAGCUGGACUCAACCGUGGCAUCAUUGGCAGAUGAGCGAGACAAAUCCCAACUGGCUCUCAAGCGCUUGACAGAUGAAGUCAAGGUUAAAGAGGAGCAGUGGGUUAUUGAGUCUCAGUGGCCUAUACUGUAUAUUUUUGCUUCAUGUGUGAUGAUCAGUGAUUCUGUGAAGGAUGACAGUCUUGGAGUUCAGAUCACUGUCUUCUUCAUGGUUAUAGUAAAGAUUCUAUGCUUUCUUUUGGGUAACUGA